UUCAAGCAGUGUUAGAAUGCAUUAAGAAAUUAUCAACAGAAUAGUAGAGUGGGUUGUGAUUCUCCAAGAUGGAGCCAGACAUCACAGAGAGAGUUUUUUCUGGUACACUGGCAAAUCUGCCAGAACUGGAGUCCACGGUUGUCAGGGUGUUUCUCAGCUCCACAUUCACAGAUUUUCAGGUGGAGAGAAACUGGGUGAUGAAGCAUGCAGUACCUAUACUCCGAAAGUUUUGCCAAGAGAGAGGCCUAGACUUCCAAGUAGCUGACAUGCGGUGGGGUGUCCGCGAAGAUGCAACCGAUGAUCACCGAACCACCGAACUGUGUCUACAUGAGAUAACCAACUGCCAGAGAGUGUCUAGGGGACCGAACUUUGUGACAUUCCUCGGAGACAAGUAUGGAUUUCGACCCUUCCCAUCAGAAAUCGAGGCAGCAGAGUUCAAGCUUCUUAAGAACAUGGCCAUGAAACUUGGCCACGACACCUCGCUAUUGCUGAGUUGGUACAAAUGUGACUACAAUAAAGAGCCCACGGUCUACAGCCUUCAGCCAAUCAGCUCCCAGUUCCCACAUUACUUUGACAUGACCCCUGCUAAUGCGACACAGAGGCAAAAUGCUCAGCGAGAGUGGUGGUCGACAGUGGAUAAACUAACGGCCCUUCUCCGACAAUCAGCCUCCGCUGUUCACAAGGAGGGCAAACUGAGUGAAAGAGAAAAACAUAAAUACUUCCAGUCGGUGACAGAAAAUGAAGUGUUUCAUGGGGUUCUCAAUGUGGAAAAUCUGAACAACAGAGUUAUCUGCUUUGUAAGAACGCUGACUGAUCUCAACAUAAGAGACAAAAUAGCAGGUCGUUUUACUGAUCUUAUGGACAAACAAAUUGACAGAGAGGCUGAAGAAUUGAGAGAGAAGGUUCGUCUCCACCAUAUACCCAGAGUUACACCCCAAGACCUACUUUUCCGUUAUAAUGUACCUUGGGAUGAAAAUGUUGGUGUUGGUACAAAGAAUGAGGACCAAGUCAGUUAUCUUCAUCAGUUUGGAUUAGACUUCCUAUCCAGCAUGGAAAAACUGAUUGACCUUGACAUUAGAGAGUCCUUGUCGGCUCGGCACAGAACGCCACUCUUUGAGGAAGUGGUACACCAUCUACACUUUGUGAGGACCAAAUGCGAAACAUUCUGUGGCCGUGAGGACCUCAUACAGAAAGUACAAGAGAAGGCACAAGAAGUCUUUAAAGAAGAAAGGAGUUAUAGGUUCCAGGAGACAUAUGACAAUCCUGAUGGUGUGAUGGGGGGCUUCAUAGAAGAACAGAAAAAGAUUAAGAAGGAGCAUGAUGGUUUUGCAGCUCGUUUAGAGGAAAUGGGCAUAAAAUACGUGGCUGGUGACAGGUUGAUGGACCUAGAGUCAGAUCCAACCUUUAAUCCAAAGGUUGUGCAGUUGAAAAUACCACCACAUGCUGAAUUCUGCAGGCCUGUCAUUGUUGUAGGCAAAUCUGGAUCUGGAAAAACGGCAUUGAUGGCAAAAUUGGCUGAGGUUUCUCAGUCUUGGUAUGCAAGUAAAGAUCCAGUUUUCAUGGUUCGAUUCCUCGGCACUUCGACAAUGUCUACGACCAUAAGAGAGGUUCUGUUUGGCUUGUGUGAGCAAAUUUGGCAGGUCUACAAAAUUCAAAUACCCUCAGGCAUAGAUUUUGAUGCAGAUUACCAGUAUCUCACAAAGUACUUUGCAGCGCUUUUAUGGAAAAUUGACGUUAUGGAAAAGCCUCUGACCAUUGUCCUUGAUUCUGUAGAUCAGUUAAAUCAGACAGACCAUGCUCACAUGCUAAACUGGCUGCCGCAAAAACUUCCCAAGAACGUCACAUUUCUGAUCUCUCUUGUUACUGACAGAACAAACUGCUUCAGAAACUUACAACUGGUUUUUCCAUUCAGCGAAAGAUUCAUUGAAAUGAACGAGCUUCAGAACGAUGUUGUAACAGAUGUCAUUAUGAUGAUGAACAAAAAGUACAGCCGACAUUUAUCGAAGAAGCAGAAAAAUAUGAUUUUUGACCAGUUUGCCAAUUGUAGUCAACCAUUGUACCUCAAACUGCUUGUUGACAUGUCGUUGUCAUGGAGAUCUUACACAGAUGUGAACCAGUCAUUGCUAGGGGCAACUAUCAAGGAAGCUAUCAACCACCUGUUUGACAAUCUAGAGAAAAAUCAUGGGGAAAUAUUGGUGCAAAGGGGAAUAGCUUACCUUUGUGCAGCCAGAGAGGGCCUGUCAGAGGUGGAAUUGGAAGACCUUCUCUCCCUUGAUGAUGAGGUUUUACAGGACACCUACAUCUACCACCUUCCUCCUGACCCAGACGUGAUUCGCCUUCCACCGUUGUUAUGGAAACGCAUACAGUACGACAUCACAGAGUACGUCGUCGAGCGUCAGUCGGGGGGUAAAAAGGUGAUUGGCUGGUACCAUCGGCAGUUUAGCGAGGCAGCGAGGGAAAGGUACCUACAUGAUGGCAUUAGAAAGAAGGCACAUGCUGCUGUUGCAGAAUACUUUCAGGGCAUUUGGAGUGAAAGGUGCAAACCAUUGCAGUUGAUAAAGGGAAAGAAAGGUAACUACCCUCAAAACCAGAGACAAGUCCCUGCACAGCCAAUCAAGUUCAGCGAACAUUUGUACAAUACGAGAAAACUUAGCGAGCUGUCUCACCAUCUUGUACACAGUGAGCAAUUUGAAACUGCUCUGACUGAGCUUUUCUGCGACCCUGAUUGGCUGUAUGCCAAAUGCUUGACUACAUCUUUGACUUCUUUGAUGGAAGAUCUAAAAAUAGCACAAGAAGCAUGUGAUCAGGCUAUAAAUAGAAUGAAAGUUGAAAAACAAGCAUUGGCCAAUGCAAAUGGGAAAGAAAAGCAAGCAAAAGAGGUUGAGGAUAUGAUUAAAAGGAACAAGAAAGUAUUGGAAGGAUUUAGGCUGGUUUUCAGGAUGAUAUUACUGGCUGCUGACAGUAUCAGAAAGGAUCCAGUCAACUUGCCACUUAUGGUUUUGUCCCAGCUUGGCCCUGACUACUCAGGUAACGCUCACAUAGAGACGCUUGUUCAGCGAUGCGUAAAGUGGUGCGGGUCCAGCCCCCUCCCUCUCCUUGUACCCAGCAGGGAGUGUGUGAGCAAGCCAAGUGGAAAUCAGCUGUAUUCAAUUGGUGUGGAAGUUGCCAACCAUGAAAAAAACAACCGUGACCAAUCCAGUCAGUGUUUGUACCUACACGAGGACGUUGGACAGCUGUUUGUGGCUCGACCGAGGACAGGCGGUCUCAGUGACCUACUUUGUGUGUACGACCUACGUGAUCAUGGCUCCUGUAUCGUAGAGCAGACAAUCAGCCGAUAUAUCCGUGGAAUCAGCUUUGUCGGACAAAACAAGUACUUGUUGUUAGAAGUGUACCAAUUGGGCUUCAAGGCAGACUUCGGUUACAGUGAGACUGAACACCAGUUGUAUGAAUCGUCUAUUGCAGCCCCAGUGAAAUUCACCCAUCAAACAAAGCGCAUUGCAGUGUCCGAAUCAGGGUUGUGGAUCGUGUGCUCGAUGUAUAAAACUAUCUUCAUUUACCAAAUGGAAAAGACUCUACAGGAGAAACACAUCUUCAGAGGCAUUGAAGAGGAAGUAGAUGCUCUGCUUAUCUCCCCUGAUGAAACUCUCCUAAUUUCUGCUUCUGAAACCUGGCGUAUGAAAACAGAGGAAGUUUUGGUGUUCAGUCUAAAAUCCAUGCAGAAAUUGUUCGCAGUACCUGGUACCUACUUUGCCCCAUGUUUGGUCACAAAUACGAAUUUGCUGAUAAGCCGAAAGGCUGGGUACGAAGAAAGUGGCAAGCUGAUGGUUUGUCCAUUAAAGGAAGGGGAAAGGAAUUACGAUAUUAUUGCUCAUGAGAAAUACCAUGUGGAAGAGAUGUAUUUACAUUCUUCACACCAGUAUAUUUUGACCUCUUUUUAUGCAUCUUCUUCGGCUAAUGAAACUGAAGUGAAACAUGCUUCACUGGUGGAUAUUUCAAAUGGCAGUGUGGUUGGAAAGGCCCAAGCUGACCAUACAGAGCCAUGCAGCAAUGCCGUCAUAUUCGGAAACGACAGGCUUUACUAUGCCUACACUGUCAUGAAAAGAUACGACAUCAUUAUCUUCUUUGCUGGGUAUGUUGGCAAGCCAUUAGACAACGCGAUUGUAGUGCAUGUUUUGACUGGCCAUAAUGAACCAAUCACAAAUAUCAUCAUACCACAGAGUUUGGAAACCAUCAUUACAGCCUCCAUGGAUAAAACAGUGAAGGUGUGGGACCUGAAGACAAUACUGGAGAACUUCACUGCGGACCUGAAGCUUCUGGAGAUGGAGGCUGUGCAGACAUCACUGCAGACGAACGGUGGUGAUGGGAAAGUAGAAUUGGAGGAUUAUGUGACAAAAUAUCUUGCAGCAAGUGCUGAGGUCAAACCACAGACCACUACCCUAGCCCUGAACAGGUCAGGAGAGAGUGUAUAUGUCGGUACAGAAAGCGGAAAGGUUCAAGUGUACGACAUUGAGUCGGGGAAACCCAGCCUAGCUAUUGAAACAAACAUUGGCGCUGUUAUGAACAUGAUGAUGUCACAAGAUGGGCGCUGCAUGAUUGUGGCUGGAAGUCGGGAUAUCCACGUGGAGGACUUGCAUUCCCAGCGCCAGACGACUCUGGAAGGGCGAGGGAAAUUCUCUUGUAUGGCCGAGGCGAGUAAUGUUCUGGUGGCAGGGUGUUCUGGUGUGGAAUCCAAGGGCAGAAUGUGGAAUAUUGUCACAGGAGAGACACUACGAGACUUUCAACUGAUAUAUUCAUUCCAAUGUGUAGCAAUCAACAGUUCUGGAACAAAGGUAUUGGCAUCGAUAUUCGAGUUUCCCAUCAUUGUCAACAUUGAAAACGAAAAAAGCCAGCCCAUGUGUGAUAUGAAAACGACUGACAGUACGAUGGGCGGAGCGGUUUCCUGUGCGAUCAGCCUCGAUGACCAAAUGGGUGCCAUGAGUUCCACGGAUGGGGCUGUGCGUGUAAUCAACAUGAAUGGGAAGUACUUGUUUCGUUUUCAACAGAAAUCGUCUGCUACUACCGUGGCAUUCUCGAAGGAUGGUGUGAAUCUGUUGUCUGCUGGCUACCGUACUAUCUACGUGUGGUCAAUUGUUGAUGGCGAUUGCAAGUACAAGUUAACACGACAUCAGGACUUUGUCAAUGAUAUGAAGUUUGACAAAACUGGUCAGUUCCUGGUUACGAUUUCAAGGGACAAACAAGUAAUUUUAUGGGAUUUUACAAGAGCCAUUUCCAUAGCAACCUUCCAGGCUAACUGUGAGGUGAAGGCCGUUGACAUAGCAACGGGUGGGAAGAGUGUAGCAUACAUUCCAGAGGGAAUAGCCGAGUUGGCGAUACUGCGACCCAAUAAUAGUCUCCAGGAUUUAUUGGAGGGGAAAGUCAAGCCGCUGAGACUUGGUCCACAAGUUGAGGCCAUGGCUUUGACUUUCACUAGUCAGAGAAAAGAGAACACAGGAAAAGCUAGCAAGGCUUGCGUAGUCAUGUAGAUAUUUCGGGUCAGGGACAGUCUGGCCUUCCACCAAAAUGCUCAUUUUUAAAUACCAUAAAAUUCAGACACCAAUAAAAAUCAAAGCCUAUUCAUUUUUCAGAUAGGAAUAAGAUUUUUUGGUUGUCUAUUCAAUGAAAAAGAGUAACAGAAAAUCUUUCCUGGUCUGAUUUAAGCAUUUUAGUAAAAAAAUGUAAAAACGGAGACCUCUGCUUACAAACUUAAAAAGGUUUCUAUGGAAAUAAGGUUUAUAUUUAGAAAGCAAGAAGAAAUGUAAAUAAGGUGGAGUUUGUUUUUAUAGUAAGGUAAUGAUUGUCUGUUGUACACAUAUCUGUGAUAUUUUUCACUGGCAAUACUGUUGUUAAUUUUUCAAGCUCAAAUUGUUAUAGUUAUACAUAUAUAUCUUUACAUACACAUUCCUGCAUUUGUAUUGAUUUUUAUCUUUGUUAAAAAUUACCUCUGUUAUUUGUUGUUUCUAUAUACGUUUAUAGUUGGGAUGAAUUCACGCCUUCACAUAUACAGACCCGUUGUCUUUAUAUUGCUUAGCUCGAUUUCCUUGUUGGCUCGAAAUUGAUGUGAAGGACCGAUUUUUUAAUCUUUGUAAAGAUUCCCACUUGGCUCGAUAUUCACGAGGCUGGAAGUAUUUUGGCCUGUCCCUGGGAUAUCAAGUCAAUGGGUUUCGACUUUAUAUGGUUGUGAAGAAAAAGACAAGACAUUAGUAUACAUUAGUGAUUUUUUGCUUCCUAGUUUUGUUCACAUAUCUAAGCCAUUUCUACCAUGUUUAAAUGUAUAUAUUUACAUUGGCCUAGUCCAUUGUAUAGAUUAAACUUGAUGUUCAUGUUGUAUAUCAUGCAAGGAGUAAUGCCGUCAUUGUUUAUUUCAAUAUUACGAUUGGAUAAGCUCAACGUCAUUUAACCAAUGAUAUACUUCAUUACAAAUAUCAGCUUUUCUUUUAUACAAACGAAUGUUGUCUGUAAUUUUUAUACACCCAUUGCCGUAUUAUGGGAACACCCAUGGCGGGCGGGCGGCGGGUAGGCGGGCGUCUCCACAAUGUUGUCCGCUCUCUAACUUGAACAUUUCUCAUCCAAUUUCCACCAAACUUCAUGAAAGUGUUUGUUGGUGAAAUAUCUCGGUCAAGUUCAAUAACCAGCCAAAUCGCUUUAGGCACUCCAGAGUUAUGGCCCCCUGAAUUUGUCAAAAUUGUCCAGUUUAGCUUUGUCCGCUCUCUAACUUGAACAUUUCUCAUCCAAUUUCCACCAAACUUCAUGAAAGUGUUUGUUGGUGAAAUAUCUCGGUCAAGUUCAAUAACCAGCCAAAUCGCUUUAGGCACUCCAGAGUUAUGGCCCCCUGAAUUUGUCAAAAUUGUCCAUUUUAGCUUUGUCCGCUCUCUAACUUGAACAUUUCUCAUCCAAUUUCCACCAAACUUCAUGAAAGUGUUUGUUGGUGAAAUAUCUAGGUCUAGUUCGAUAACCAGCCAAAUCGCUCUAGGCACUCCAGAGUUAUGGCCCCCUGAAUUUGU